CAGCUUCGAAUAAAAGGGAAAUAAAUAUUGGGUGAUGUGCCACCAUGAAAGCUCUCUCAUUCUGCAUUAAAUAGAUAUCUCAGGCUCCUAGCUACUUGGAUGUGAUUAGCUUCAGCUAUAAAAUCUUCAAUGUUUUCUAGCGCAACAUUCAUUUCUAGCCUUUCAGGGUUUUUCUAUUGUCUUGUAAAAAAAAGUUAGAGAGCAUGUUGGAAGGUAAAGCACUGGUAGAGGACACAGACAUGCCAUUGAAGAUGCAAAUCCAAGCCAUGACUUCGGCUUCGCAAGCAGUCGACUUGUACGACGUCUUCGAUUGUAAAUCCAUUGCCGCCAAAAUUAAAAAGGAAUUCGACAUGAUAUACGGAUCAGGGUGGCAGUGCAUUGUGGGUUCUAGCUUCGGUUGUUACUUCACUCAUUCUGAAGGCACUUUCAUCUAUUUUACACUGGAAACACUCAAUUUCCUCAUCUUCAAAGGCUCUUCUUCUAGUAAUACUGGUUUACACUGUAAUUGACUUUGGUUUCAGUUGUUCAUUGUGAUUACAAAAGGCUUGCAAUUUCUUGAUGUAGGAUUUCUAAGGCUCUUCUGUAAUACAUGAACUUAUCUUGGUACCAAA